AUGAUCCAAUUGAACCGGACGAACGAAACGAACAAGGCUUGUUGGGGGACGGCGGAUGAUGCCCCACCGAAGGAACGACACAGCGAGGAGAUGGCCACCUCCAUCCACAGAUAUGAGAGAGUAUACAUGAGCUACCUCCACCUGCAGUUUUGCAUCCUCGACUUUAAGGAUACCAUGUUCAUUUCGGUGACUGACGAACGGAACCAGUUGACAGACCUGCAGGCGUCCUACCCUCUGAAAUAUGCGGAUGCGGACAACACGGCGUGUCUGGUGGGAGAGCCCCACUCGCACGGGAACGACGUGGCGCGGCUGCUAGGCAUCAAGUUCAAGAUCCCCUUCUACGUGAGCGUCAACGUGGACGAGGGCGACGAGGGCCUGACGAACUUCAUCUUCUCCACCUGCCUGGAGAUGCUGAAGCCGCUGUUCAGCGCCCGGGGGGGCGCCCCAGGGGGCACCUGCGGGUCUACCCAGAGUUGA